CCGCCUGUCCCCUCUCUGCCUGCGCUGUCAAUGGCUUUCGGGACGUAUUUUAUUUGAAUGUCUGGACAAUACAAGUGACCAAUAAUGGAUAUUCUAUGGAUAUUAUGGACCAUACCGGCCGUAAUAGCUGUUGAAGAUUCAGGAGAGAGGCUCAGCUGGGCUAGGUCAGAUUUGGACACUAGAUGCAGAUGUGGGCGUGCAUUUCUUCUGGGCUUUUACGUGUAGGUUCAUCAUUCUUAGUCAUGAUCAGCACAUCAUCCCCUCCCUUUUACGGUUUGUCUGGAGAGAGACACUCAUGGACUCCACUACAGCCACAGCGGAGCUCGGCUGGACGGUCUACCCCGUGUCAGGGUCCAGUGACAAUAGCUGGGAGGAGGUGAGCGGUUAUGAUGAAAACAUGAACACCAUCCGGACGUACCAGGUCUGCAAUGUUUUCGACAACAAUCAGAACAACUGGGUACGGACAAAGUACAUCCGGCGUCGUGGUGCUCAGAGGAUCCACGUGGAGAUGAAGUUCUCUGUGAGGGACUGCAGUAGCAUUCCUAACGUGCCGGGCUCCUGUAAAGAGACGUUUAACCUCUAUUAUUAUGAAUCUGAUGCCGACACAGCCACCAGAAACUCCCCAGCUUGGAUGGAGAACCCCUGGAUCAAAGUUGACACCAUAGCAGCAGACGAGAGCUUCUCCCAGGUGGACCUCGGUGGUAGAGUGAUGAAGAUCAACACCGAAGUCAGGAGCUUCGGCCCCGUGUCAAGAAACGGCUUCUACCUGGCUUUCCAGGACUACGGUGGCUGUAUGUCCCUCAUCGCCGUUCGUGUCUUUUACCGGAAGUGCCCUCGUAUCAUCACGAACGGGGCGUUGUUCCAGGAGACACUCUCAGGAGCAGAGAGCACCUCCCUGGUGGCCGCAAGAGGUGUCUGCAUCCCUAACGCAGAGGAGGUGGAUGUGCCCAUUAAGUUGUACUGCAAUGGAGACGGAGAGUGGAUGGUACCCAUCGGACGCUGCAUGUGCAAAGCUGGGAACGAGGCUGUGGAGAACGGGACUGUUUGUCGAGCCUGUGCAUCUGGCUCUUUCAAGCCGACUCAAGGAGAUGAAGCCUGUAUGCAGUGUCCAAUCAACAGCCGUACCACCAGCGAAGGCGCCAUUAACUGUGUUUGCCGCAACGGAUACUACCGAACCGACUCAGAUCCUCUCCAGAUGCCUUGCACAACCGUCCCUUCAGCUCCACAGACUGUCAUCUCCAGCGUGAAUGAAACCUCUGUCAUGCUGGAGUGGAUGCCUCCUCGGGAUUCGGGGGGCCGCGAGGACGUGGUCUUCAACAUCAUCUGCAAAAGCUGUGGUGGAGGCCGGGGAGGCUGCACUCGCUGCGGGGACAACGUUCAGUUUUUGCCCCGUCAGCUGGGCCUGACGGAGUCCCGGGUCUACAUCAGUGACCUGUUGGCCCACACGCAGUACACGUUCGAGGUGCAGGCUGUCAACGGGGUGUCAGAUCAGAGCCCCUACUCCCCUCAGUACGCCUCAGUCAACAUUACCACUAACCAGGCUGCUCCAUCUACGGUGUCUAUAAUGCACCAAGUCAGUCGCACUGUGGACAGCAUCACCCUCUCCUGGUCCCAGCCUGACCAGCCUAAUGGAGUCAUCCUGGACUACGAGCUACAGUAUUAUGAAAAGGACCAAUCAGAAUAUAACUCCAGCACCGUCAGGAGCCAGACCAACACAGUGGUCAUCCGUGGACUCAAGCCAGGAAGCAUCUACGUGUUCCAGGUCCGGGCCCGCACCGUGGCUGGGUUUGGACGCUACAGUGGCAAACUGUACUUCCAGACCAUGACUGAGGAGGAAUACAACACCAGUAUUCAGGAAAAGCUACCACUCAUCAUUGGCUCGGCAGCCGCAGGCUUGGUCUUUCUCAUCGCUGUGGUCGUCAUCAUCAUCGUGUGUAACCGGAGGCGUGGCUUUGACAGGGCCGAUUCAGAAUACACAGACAAACUGCAGCACUACACCAGCGGCCACAUGACUCCAGGAAUGAAGAUUUAUAUUGAUCCGUUCACAUAUGAGGACCCCAACGAGGCUGUGAGGGAGUUUGCCAAGGAGAUUGAUAUAUCCUGUGUGAAGAUUGAACAGGUCAUUGGUGCAGGAGAGUUUGGCGAGGUGUGCAGCGGCAACCUAAAGCUCCCUGGCAAAAGGGAGAUGUUUGUGGCCAUAAAGACUCUGAAGUCUGGCUACACUGAGAAGCAAAGGCGGGACUUCCUCAGCGAGGCCAGUAUCAUGGGGCAGUUCGACCACCCUAAUGUCAUUCACCUGGAGGGCGUGGUCACCAAGAGCAGUCCUGUUAUGAUCAUCACCGAGUUCAUGGAGAACGGAUCUCUGGACUCCUUCCUCAGACAAAACGACGGGCAGUUCACUGUCAUCCAGCUCGUUGGUAUGCUACGCGGCAUCGCCUCAGGCAUGAAAUACCUUGCUGACAUGAACUACGUGCACCGCGACCUCGCUGCCCGUAACAUCCUGGUCAACAGCAACCUCGUGUGCAAGGUGUCGGACUUUGGCCUCUCGCGCUUCCUGGAGGACGAUACGUCAGACCCUACCUACACAAGCGCUCUGGGAGGGAAGAUUCCUAUCCGAUGGACUGCACCAGAAGCUAUCCAGUACAGGAAGUUCACCUCUGCUAGUGAUGUGUGGAGCUACGGGAUCGUCAUGUGGGAAGUCAUGUCCUAUGGAGAGAGGCCGUACUGGGACAUGACCAAUCAAGAUGUCAUCAAUGCCAUAGAGCAGGACUACCGGCUGCCCCCACCUAUGGACUGCCCCAGCGCGCUCCACCAGCUCAUGUUGGACUGCUGGCAGAAGGACCGCAACAACCGGCCCAAGUUCAGUCAGAUCGUCAACAACCUCGACAAGAUGAUCCGCAAUCCCAACACGUUGAAGGCCAUGACCCCGUUAUCUUCAGGUGUUCAUCUCCCUCUCCUGGACCGCAGCAUCCCAGAUUUCUCCAGUUUCAGCACUGUGGACGAGUGGCUGGAUGCCAUCAAGAUGGGACAGUACAAAGACAAUUUCGCCAAUGCUGACUUUUCUACGUUUGAUGUGGUGUCCCAGAUGACCAUGGAGGACAUCCUGAGGGUUGGUGUGACGUUAGCAGGCCAUCAAAAGAAGAUCCUGAACAGCGUCCAGAUGAUGCGGGCGCAGAUGAACCAGAUCCAGUCGGUGGAGGUUUGACCCUGCCGAGCGGAGCAGAGGGGGAAUAAAAAAGGCGGUUGGGAUGCAGGGCUCUGGGUGUCGAGGAUGGAGUGGAUGGUUUUUUUUCGCGUUACAGUGUGUCUGGUCUUCCCGCCGGACUACCAUUCAUCCCCCCCGUUCCCCUCUCCACUUCCCUCUCUCCUCCUCUCAUCCCCUCACCCUGACUCUCCCUCCAUCCCUGGGAUCAGCUGUGGAGAGUCGUGGAAAACAAAACAAAAAAAAAAAAGUCAGUGCGGUCAGAGGGGCGUCUGAGGGCCCGCAGCCGACCCACCUUUGGAGCUAGAAACACGGGAGGUUAGAAGUGACCAGCAACACGUUUUUUCAAUCUUCCACCAAUUUUCAUUUGAUGUUGAACAUUUUAUUUUAUUUUAUUUUUUUGGUUUUGUUUGUUCUGAUAAUUUUGUAAAGAAUUUUUUAAAGAAAAAAAAAUGAAAAACUGAAGAAAAGGCAAGGAGUUUAUCUAAAUUUAUAGAUGAUAUAAGGUUGUACGCUAGACGAACUGAGUAGGAAAGCUACCCUUUAAAAGGGCAAAACAAAAAUAAAGGAAACAAAGGAAGAGUUGAGGAGACGAGCCCAUCCUCAACACAGUGUGGAUAUUGUCUUUGCCAUUGUUAAUUUUUGGACAUCAUGAGGAAACACAGAAUUCUCUGUGGGCCUCUGAAAGGCAAACUGCAGAGGAGCCUGAUGGACCUGACGUGCUCCCAGCUGUUUCCCCAGGAGAGAAAAUACAUCUAAAAAAAAAACAAACCAUGAAAUGGACAAGUUUUGGCAUAGACUGAUGUCAAAAAUGCAUUCGUUCAGACUGACAACUCACCGAGUGAAAUCGACGCUCGAGAAAAAGAAAAAAAAAAAACAAAAACAUUUUUUCUCAUUGCAAGUAAUUUUUCUAUAUUGUGUGAAAUUUUGUGAUGAAGAUUCCGUCUCACCAUGCUUCCUCUCACUUUAGGCAAAAAUGACGAGUUUGUUUAUUAUUUUUUUUCACAGUGAAAUACUCACAGCUUGCCAAAUAGAACUCUUCUCCCCCCCCCCAACCUCGUUUUUGCACCCCCCAGUCAUGAUCCUGUACUGUACAUAUCAGAUGCACUAGACCUGCCGCAACAGUUGUGACCGAUCAGUUCAGGAGCAGAAAGACUGACCGGCCGCACGGAGGAUUCAACUUCGGUUUUCUUUUCUUAUUCUGUGAAAAAAAAAGAAAAAAAUAAUAGCUUGUUAAAAACUUUCCUCUAUAGAUUCACAUGAAAAGAAACAGGUUCUACUGUUUACA